AUGGCCAUCGAGCAACUAUUCGAGACGCUGCCACUGCAUUACGUGCAGCAUGGCAUAUCGAAAUUCGGUGUCGGGAACAUCUUGCUCGCCGUAUUGGUUACCGCAGCCGUGGGAGUUGUUGUGGACUAUGGGUGGAUGCUAUAUCUGAGGUCAAGAAUGCCACCGGGACCAUGGCCCCUGCCCAUUGUAGGAAAUACAUUUCAGCUUCCCGACAACAAGCCCUGGAUAUAUUUUGAGUUGCUAUCAAAGAAGUACAAUACCCCUCUGAUCACAUUUUGGAUAGGCAGAAAUCCGACGGUAUGGAUAAACGAUGCGUGGGCCGCGAACGAACUCUUGGACAAAAGAGCAGGAAUCUACUGCUCUCGUCCCCGAAUGCUCGUAUUUGCCGAACUCGGGGCCGGCCAAAAAAAUCUCGUGAACAUGAUCACAACCACGCAAGCUGAGAGAGACCGUUUCCGAGUUCAGAGAAAGCUAAUGCACCAAGGUGUGGGGAUUCAGCAAGUGAAAAGAUAUCGCGACUUCCAGAACGAUGAGAGCAAAGUAGUGGCGUACGAUAUGCUGACUACUCCAGAAGAUUAUGUUGCCCACUUCGAGCGGUAUGCGACGAGUGUAGUCUCGAUCAUUGGGUUUGGGAGGAGAGUGGCUGACUCAAAGGAUCCAAUCAUUACCGAUGUUAUCGCUGUGAUGCAUCGAGCUGCGGAUCUUAAUGUUCCAGGAAAGACUUUUCCCAUGUUGAUGGAGACAUUUCCAAUUCUUGCUAAAGUACCUACUGAGAUUGCGCCAUGGAAGCAUGGACUUGGUGCUCGAGGGAAAUCACACCGUGGCCAUGACUUCUUCUACACACUCGCAAAAGAGGCGAACGAGAAUCCUGGGCACGAAGAUUGCUAUUCCAAACUACUCUUUAAGGAGGCGCCUAAGUACAAUCUCCACUCACAGGAGAUAUCCGCGCUAGCUGGCAAUCUAUUUGGUGCAGGUUCUGAUACCUCAAGCAGCACUCUCAUUACCGCCAUUCUAGCUAUGCGCGCAUUCCCCGAAACGAUGAUCCAGGCUUGGGAAGAACUUGACCGUGUUGUUGGAUCAGAAAGAAGUCCUUCGUUCGAGGACGACACCAACCUCCCAUAUAUACGCGCCUUUGUCAAGGAAGUCUUCCGUUGGCGUUCCGUUGCCAUCAUCGGCGGUCAGCCACACGCUCCUGUGCAAGAUGAUUACUACAAGGGCUGGCUGAUUCCCAAAUCAACCUGGGUUCAAGGCAAUGUGUGGGCGAUUCACAGGAAUGAGCGCGAGUUCCCAGAACCAGAUCGAUUUAACCCGAGUAGAUUCAUGAAAGAUAGUCCGGAUGCGCGGCCAUUCCCUGGGGAGAGGGGCUACAUGACAUUCGGUUGGGGUCGAAGAGUGUGUUCGGGACAGGCACUUGCCGAACAAGGGACCUGGUUGACGGUUGCGCGGUUAGUAUGGGGCUUUAAAAUCGAACCUGCUUUGGAUGAGACUGGGAACCCAAUCUCAGUCGAUAUUUUUGACUACACCAAUGGCCUGAACAUGCGGCCACAACCGUUCAAGGUUAGCAUCAAGCCAAGAAGCGAAGCCAUCCGACAGACUAUCCUCCGAGAGGGAAAGCAGGCAUUAGCAGAUCUGGCGCCAUACGAGGGUGAAACAAAAUACAGAAUGAGCACGUUCUACAAGGAAAAUCCCGUGAAGGCAGGCUUUGGCUCAUAA